AAUCUAAUGUGUAAGAAAUACAAAAGAUUGUUUAGAGAGUUAAAAAAAAGGAUCGAAUCCUAGGAACACGUCUUUCCCUUCUUCACGCUCGAAAGCAUAUCGAAUUCGAGAUUCAGCUUCCUUGGAGUCACCUGGCAGUGGUCGGACCGGAUCCACGCUCGAUCGCGUUUUACUAUCGCGAUCACUCGAAGAAGAUCUUCGUCCUGGUCUUCUUCGUCCUCUUCGUCGUCGUCGUACUCGUCGUCGUCGUCAUCAGGUGAACAACGUCGGGAGAUCGUAAGGCGGCCAACUCGGGUGGACUCAUUGUCAGUGGUAUUUCCAAUUGGCCCGUUGCGAUCUCCGGGAGUGAAACCGGUUCGACGACCAGCCCUGUCCUCGUCCCUCCGUCCUUCCUUCUACCCCUCCCCCACUACCCCACCCCUUUUUCUCUCUUUUUCUUUUACUCUCUGUUUCUCAUUCUCUCUCAUUCUCUCUCAUUCUCUUUCUCUUUCGUUCUUCGUCCGAGCUCAACUCUCUUUUUCUCCUCGCUCGAUCGCUCUCGCCUUAGCAGCGGACUUGCUGCUCCUUCGCCCCGGCUACUAGUUCCAACGUCGCGAGUAUUUUCAGUGCUCACGAGACUCUCAACGUUCUCCACGAAUGAUCACCACGGAAGUUACCGACCGGUUUCGCUUCUUCUUCUUCUUCUUCUGGUUCUUCUUAUUCUUCUUAUUCUUCUUCGGAGUUCCUCUUUUCCGCGAGUUCAUUGUCGAAACAUCCUGCAGUGAGUGAGAAAUCCCGUCUAUAAUCGAUUCUUAUGAACUUGGAUGAUAUUAAACGAGUUCUAUUGUGUUCAAGUUAAAUCCGAUCGGAUAAGAUUUCUACGAAGAUUUUUUAAUUGUGUUUACAUAUUCAUGAACUCGAACGGACCGAGAACAAAGUGACCAACUUGGAGAUUCUUUUUUUUCUGUUUUACGAGACAACGAAAGGAUAUUGAACUUUUUUUGUCGGCCUCGAAUUGUGUUCUGUCAACGAAUGUGAACAAAACAAGCUUGAUAGACACGAGUGAAUUGUGAAAAGAAAGAAAGAAAGGAAAGAAAGGAAGAAAAGGAAGAAGGAAGGAAGGAAGGAAGGAAGGAAGAAAUAAGACGCGAGUGUCGUCAGUAACACGCGAAAUGCACCCUCCGGAUCGUUGCGUGCGCGUCGUCGGAGUCGCGCGCUUUUCACUCGCAUACGCGAAUCUCGACGAUGAAACGUGUCGAUAUUCGUCAUAACAAUUUUCAGAGAAGAUCGUACGACAGUGUUUUUCUAUAGGUUAACGAACGUCUUCUAUAAAAAGGAAAGGAAGAAAGAGAAAAUAUCUGAUAAAGUCUUUCGACUUCGAACUAUGAAACGGACUGUACUGUGCACGAUAAGACCCGGAUAAAACUCAUAUACAGAGACACAGACACAAAGAAUUCCUCUUUUUCUUUCGUAGUGGACAUGUGCGUGAAAUGGAUUCACCACGACCUUACCGGUUAUUCGUUCGAGUUGUUAGUUCGCCGCGUGUGUGCAUCGAGAUUAUAAGUAUAGAUCUGUUUUAGAUAAAAGAGGAAGAACAGUUGCAAAUAUUACGAGAGAGAGAAAGAAAGAGAAAGAGAAAGACCUGUCUAAGCGUAUGUGUGUGUGUGCAUUUAUGUAUUCGGGUAAACACGCCUAUGCUCGAACAACAACCACCAACGGUGGUGACGCGUAACGGCAGUCGCGUUUAUCGAAUUAGGCUUAACGUCGUCGUCGUCGUCGUCGUCAUCGUUGUCGUCGUCGGUGGCAUCGUGCGUAAGGUGGCAAUAAAAUUCAUUCGAGCAUCAUGGAUGCGUGGAAUCGCGGAAGGAUUAUCUACGCUUAUCUCAUAUGGGUCGUCUUCAAGGCUACAGCAGCUGGAGGACUGUCCGAUGACACGAAUUCGUUGGUCGAGGAGCUCGUCGUCGAGGCCGGCAAGAACGUGACGUUGAAUUGUCCAGGAGUGACGGAAGACUCUCUGGUGUAUAUGCUCGAGUGGCGAGCCAACGGUAUGCAGCUGCUCGAGUGGCAGGCUAACGGGAUGCAACACGAACAUGCCAACAGGGGCACCGAUGUUUGGACUCAUCAGAAUAGGGUCUCUCUCUCUUUGAAAAAUUACGCUCUACAAUUUCAUCCUGUCACAGCACCGGACUCGGCCAAGUACGAGUGCCUAAUAAACAAUCGUAGUACACCGGAUGCCGUCAUUAAGCUCAUCGUUCAAGACGUGCCAGAUCCGCCAGAACGUCCUCUCAUAACAAGCUUUACAUCCAAAUCCGUGAAUCUGUCUUGGGCACCUGGCGCUAAUUCUCAUAACAACCCAAUUUUGCACUACGUCAUAUACACAAGGGUUAACGAGGAUGGUUCCUGGGACGCAAUGAAAGAAAUAGUGACACCAACAAGCGCAACAGUUUACACGAUCGAAAAUUUAACACCAUUCACGGUCUAUAGCUUUCGCGUGGCGGCAGUAAACGCGAUGGGCCGUAGCAAGGCGAGUCAAGCAUCCUACUACAUCAUCACCUUGAGAGAGAUUCCCGAAGGUAAACCCCUUAUCACUAGCGCGUACAACACAUCGUCGACGUCUAUAUAUUUGGCAUGGAAACCACCUAGUCGUGACACUAUACAUGGCGAAUUUCUUGGAUAUCGAAUUGGAUAUAGACCACGAGACAAAACGAAUAUGGAAAUGAAAGAUAUCUACAUACGAGAUCCCGCAGUAGACAAUCACAGUAUUCAUAAUUUGGAAAUAUACACGCAGUACCUCGUAUCUCUUCAAGUUUUCAAUCCGGAAGGUCAUGGACCAGCCACAACAGUUUCAGUGAUGACCGACGAAGGAGUGCCAACGAAACCCCAGAAUUUCACGUCACGUGGAAUAACCUCGACUACCAUAGAACUGUCAUGGUCCGAGCCAGAAAGUGCCAACGGCGUCAUAACCGGCUACCGUGUUUAUUAUUUGCAUUCCAAUUAUACAGACGUUCAAACUCUCAAGAUAUAUGACAAUAGCGGGCCCAACGUUGAAUUCGUAUUAAAAGAUUUAGAGCCUUACAUCGUCUACGAUAUAUGGGUGAAAGCUUACACGUUGAAAUACGAGGGUGAGCCUUCCGGUCACAUUAUUCGUAGGACUGACAUCGCUGGACCAAGCGAGCCACAAAUUUUAAAUUUGACUUGCCAUUCGCAUGAUUCAGUUUAUAUUCAAUGGGCAAGGCCAUCGGUCUUCUGGGGAUCCGUCGAUUAUUAUUACAUCAAUUAUCGUACGGAAACAAGUAAAUAUUUUGAGGAAAUCGAAUUAACAGCCGAGAAGAAUCAUCUUGAAAGUGCCAUGAUCGUACCAAAUUUAACGAUGAACACGGUCUACGAGUUUAUCAUACGUGGAGCAACGAAAAGUACAAUCAACGAUCGACUGAUCAUACAAGGAGAAAGUUCUGCACCACGAAAUGUUUUGGUUACUCACGACUGCGAUAAGAUUCCACCGUUAAAACGUCGUAGCAGCAAGGAUCUCAGUGCUAGUGUGAUAGCUGGCAUGGUUUGUGCUUGCUUCGCCGUCAUGCUAGCGAUCACAGCCUUCGUUCUCUGGAAACCGAUUUUCAGAAAAUGCUUUCACACGGCCUAUUACUAUCUGGAUUAUCCACCACGAAAUGUGCCGACCCUACAAGAAUGGGAGAACAGUGAGCAAGAUGGCGAAAGAACCGCCGUAAGCGUUCAACAAUUCGUUCAACAUGUCGCCAAGUUGCACGCCGAUGGUGACAUCGGAUUCAGCAAGGAAUACGAGAUUAUUCAAUCGGAGAGUGGAGGUUACACUGUUGAGAAUUCGCAAUUCGCUGAAAAUAAGGCGAAGAAUCGAUACCUCAACAUACUCGCAUACGAUCACACGCGUGUACAAUUGUUAUCGUGCGGUGGAGGACCACCUAAAAAAGGGCAAGAUUAUGUAAACGCAAAUUACAUCGAUGGAUGGCAACGUACACGAGCUUACAUUGGAACUCAAGGACCUUUGCCACCGACGUUUGAUGGUUUCUGGCGUAUGGUUUGGGAACAACGUGUAUCGAUCGUUGUGAUGAUCACUAAUCUUGUCGAACGUGGUCGUAGAAAAUGUGAUAUGUAUUGGCCCAAAGAAGGCACCGAAACUUAUGGUUAUAUUCAAGUUACUUUAGUCAGAGAGGACAUCAUGGCAACUUAUACUAUUCGUACUCUUCAAAUUCGACAUCUCAAGCAGAUUAAGAAGAAGAAGAAUGGGACCAAUAUGGGAGAACGUACGAUAUGGCAGUAUCAUUAUACCGGUUGGCCUGAUCAUGGUGUUCCUGAUCAUCCUCUACCCGUUCUCAGUUUUAUUCGUAAAUCUUCCAAUGCUAAUCCAUCCGACGCUGGCCCUAUAGUGGUCCAUUGCAGCGCUGGAGUUGGACGUACUGGGACCUACAUCGUGAUCGACGCCAUGCUGAAACAGGCCAAGAGCAAAAACGAAAUCAAUGUAUUUGGAUUUUUAAAACACAUUCGAACGCAGAGAAACUUUUUAGUUCAGACAGAGGAACAAUACAUUUUCAUUCACGAUGCUUUGCAAGAGGCAAUCGAAAGUGGAGAGACCAAUAUAGAAGCAAAUAAUUUGAUGCAGCAUAUUCAAGACAUGCUAUGCCCGUCCAAUAACAAAACAGACGCUUGGAAUAACUUAGAUACUCAAUAUAAACUCGUGACGUCAUGGAAACCAAAGGACUUCAAUCUCGUGUCCGCGACCAAAUCCUGUAACAUUCACAAAAAUCGUAAUAUGGAGAUUAUACCAAUCGAAAAUGCUCGUGUACAUUUAACACCAAAACCUGGUGUUGAUGGAAGUGAUUACAUAAACGCAACGUGGUUCUCGGGAUUCCAAAGGAAUCGUGAGUUUAUUAUAACUCAACAUCCUAUGGAGAAUACCAUAAUGGAGUUUUGGCAAAUGAUGUGGGACCACAAUGCUCAGACGAUCGUAAUGUUGACUCAGUGCGACGAGGAAUACCCCGAGUUCUGGCCAACGGAAGGAAAGGAUUUGGAAUCAGAAACUUUCCGAGUACGAUUAUGUGGUAUUAAGGAAACAGUCAGUGGAAUCAUUCUACGCGAGGUAGCCGUCCGAUCUUUACAGGACGAUUACGAAUUAAGUGCAAGAAUCGUUCAAGGACCAUUGAAUCAAGGUGGUUUAUGGCCUCACAAUAAUAACCCCAAAGUAUUCGUCAAUGUGAUACAAGACUUUCAUAGAGAUUAUCAAAAUGGUCCAAUCGUCGUUAUGGAUAGGUACGGUGGCGUGGAGGCUGCUCUUUUCGUACUGCUAACAACUCUGAACAAACAGCUGGAGUUCGAACAGUCCGCGGACAUUUACAUGUUCGCAAAAUUACUGUACAUGAAGAGACCGGGUGUAUUCCGAUCGAAGGAGGAUUACGUUCUACUCUAUCAAUGUCUUGAAUCAAUGCUGUCGUCGAAAGUACGUGGUGAACCAGAUCUCUAUGCGAUGGCGAACGGACACGUGGCAACGAUGAGUAGUAACGAUCCGAACGAGAUUAGAUCGGCUUCCUCCAUGCAACACAUGGCAAUGGAUUAUCCCGUGAAGGCAGCACCACCGAUGAUACGAGAAUAUGCGACGGUGGAGGUGAGCACCGAGUACCUGUCCGACUACACGAUCCCCAUAAGGGUGGACCAUCCGAUCGAAUCUUCGUCGAGCAAUCGUGGAAGUGAGACUUGUCUGGCCGCUCAUGGUAGCAACGAUCAUGGCAUAUCCGAGAAGAACAUUGUGGUUAGCCAAAGGAACGUUAGCUAUCACAAUCAUCCACCGGGUGUUUCGGUGACGGUCGAUGCGAACGGUUACAUCACGAACGGCAGUAUGCGCGUGCCACCUGAGGGUAUGGAGGCGAGCUGCAAGAUAUUACCGCAAUGAUGCCGGCCUAUCUUCGGUUGCAGCGUCGCCUCACGUCGUUCAGAACCGCUGUAAUCGACCGUUUCUUCCUCAUAAACGGAAGUGUAUUUACGUCCCUCAUGACACCAGAAGGAGCUGUUCGAUUGGAAAGAUCCUCGCACAAUGGAAAAGCUGACCGUUCGAGUAUACAAGAUCAGCCUCGGGGGAUUAUCGAACGUACAUUCGUGUAAAUAUGUCCACGUGAAUCUAGAAUAACAUAACGAAACAAAACGAAACAAGAAAUGAAAAACUGAACGAAAGCUUGACUAAACAAAACUGAACAAAAAAUGAAAGAAACGAACGAAUAAAAGGGCCGAGGGAGAAAAAAAUGAAAAAGAAAAUAAACUAAGUCUCGUCUUAAUCGUUUAGCCGAGUAAAGUGACAAAAAGGAAAGGGAAAUGUUUUUGCUGAUUUUGCACGUUUCGACGGUUGAUUCGAAUAGAUCGCGUUUAUCUUGUCCAUCUUGUAAGUGUACGCUGUUUCAUUCUUGUAUAUAUCGCCCAUUCACAUUACGUAUAAAUAUUAUACAUAUAUACAUACAUAUAUAAAUAUACAUAUAAAUAUAAAGUCGACCAGCCGACAGCCCGAGUUGCCAAAGAAUCAUUAAGGAUAUACUCUUUUUAAUCGAUAAGAAAGAGGAGGACGAUAGAUCAAAUUCGCGAAUGGGUGUGUAAAUAUUUCGUAUAGAUAUAAGUAUGUAUAUAGAUAUAUGCAGACGCGUAUAGACCAGAUAUGUGUGUGUAUAUAUUUAUAAACAUAUACAUAUAUAUAUAUAUAUAUAUAUAAAUAUGAAUAUAAAAAUUAUUGUAAUAUCUAUACGUUAGCCACUUGUGAUGACGUGUGAUUGGAUCAGAUCCAGCUCGCAAUUAUAUCGUACGUAUAUAAGAUAUGAUACCUACGAUUACAACAGCGAUAUUAUUCACCUACUAUCGCUCGAGUGAGCCUUCACGUCUGCCCUCUCUCAUUUUUUUAUUAUUACGUCCUAAUAUGACAAAUCGAGCGUUUGAUCGCGCCCGCGUUAACGAUUCGAUUUAUUCAUUCGAUGUUUUUAUUUCGAUAUACGUAAAUGCUCCAAACGUCACAAAUAGUCGUACGGUUUUGUAACUGUAGAAAACGAAAAACAAAAAAAAAAAAACAUACAAAAAAAAAUCAAAAUACAUUAGGUACAUAGAGUAAUUCGAAAUGAUACAAAUUUCAAAACCGUACGAGCGAAACUUUGUUGAUAACUUCUGUAAUUUUACUGACGUAAUCGCAUUGAUCGUCUUUCAUCAUUAUCAUCAUCAUCAUUAUCAUCAUUGCAUCCUUUUUCUCUCUCUCCCGUAAACAAAUGACAUUUUUUAAGCACAACGAUGCAGCGAGGCGAAUGAUGCCGAUGACAAUCGUGAUAUUUUAUUGAGGAUGAACCUUCCAAACGCUGCACAAUUUCGUCCCAUUGUUUAUAUUACGUUAUUAUUAUUGUUUUUUUUAUUCUUCUUCUUCUUCUUUUUCUUCUUCUUCUUCUCCUUAUUAUUAUUAUUAUUAAUAUUAUUAUUAUUAUUAUGUUUACUACUACUACUAUUACUACUACUACUACUAUUAUUAUUACUAUUAUUAUUAUUUUUAUUAUUUUUAUUAUUAUUAUUAUUAUUAUUAUUAUUAUUAUUAUUAUUAUUAUUAUUAUUAUUAUAUAACAAGUCAUACGUAAAUACGAUGAGCACAAUGUGAGUCAGUAAAUUCUAAGUAUAAAUCGGCCAAGAAAGAAGACCGCGACCACUCUCUUUCCGUGCACCUUUCCUUCUAAUCUAAUCUUUGCUAUGCGGAAACUUUUUCUUAUUAAUAAUAAUUUCAAGCCUUGCAAUUGGUGUUCGUCGCGACGCGUUUAACGAUAACAGAUCGGAAGCGGUUGCGUCCAAAAAGUGGAUUAUAAUAAGUACAUAUAAAACAAAAUAUAUGUACGUAAGUACAUACAAAGAAAUAGAAAAUGAAAAAUGAAAUAUAAAAAAAAAAAAAUGCUCUGGACGUUGCGAUUGAGAAAUGAACUAUGUGAGAAUAAAAAUGAGAGGAAUAAGAAAAAAAAGUUAGUUGACGAAUUAAUGGAAGAGCAUUUUGGUCCACUGAUCAAAAAAGAAAAGAGAAGAGGAAAGGAAACAGAAGAAAAAAAAAAGAAAAAGAAAAAGCUCUACCUUCUUUUGGACGCAAUCGUACGUGCCUUCAACAUCUCCUCGUCGUCGUACGUGACGCGCGAAAUUCAAAGUCGGAACAAACGCGUGAUUUUUUACUCUGAUAAGCUAAUCGCACGUUUCGAAAGAAUAUUAAAUAAAGAUAACCAAAAAAAAGAAAAAAAAAACCCAAAAAACGAAAAAGGGAAAAAAAAGAAAGAACGACAAUUAAGCGAAGCAACAAAAAAGAAGAAAUAAGUAAAUAGAAACAAAACGAAACAAACAAAGAAAAAAAAGGAUGAUAAUUCAUAGGAUGUGCGAGAAAACGGUGCGUCGAACGUUCAAACACAUGUUGUUCUCAACAACGCUUUGGCAUUCUCUUCCAGUGGCCAUAUUGCCGGUGCCUCGUUGCCAUUUCUUUUUGUCAAUACGUUCGCGCGCGCGCGGUGUAUACACACACGAAGACUGAAGUUCUUGUUUCUUGUUAAAUAACUUUUAGAGACAUUAAUGUAAGCAACGAUUGAAAGGAAGGGAGAGAGCAGAUGGAAAAUGUGUACAAUAUAUGACGUCAAAGGUAGAACAAGUGUAUGAAUGUAAUGAAAGAAAGAGAGAGAGAGAGAGAGAGAGAGAGAGAGAGAGAGAGAGAGAGAGAGAGAGAGAGAGAGAGAGAGAGAGAGUCUAUAAAUAUGUGUCUGUGCUUAAGUGUGUAACGUGCGUAUGUUUGUGUUCAAUGACCACAUCUUAUAAAAAAUGAAUCGUGUGUCACAUAAUAAGUGUAUUGAACUGAACAAGACAAAGAUGAAAACAUUGAAUAUUCUAUCUUCGUCUUACUCAUUAUAGAUAUUUAUAUAAAUUUUAUGUUUCGAAAACUUGAAGAAAUUACUUAUAGACGCGUGCAAUUGUCUUUUCCGAAAGGCAUUGACUAAUCGAAUUUUAUCUUGUUAAGUUCAACUGAUUAGAUUAAGUAAAUGAGAUACACGAUUCGUUUUUAUUCUUCAUUUUACCGAUCGUGGAAGAUGAACGAAGGACGAAAAGAAUAUCAGCUGUUUAACAAUGAUCGUUAUCAUUAUCAUAUUGAUUGAAUAUAAAAGAUCGAGGGCAAAAUUCUUGACAGAUUUUUUGAUUGAUUAUUUUCAUCUAUAGAGUUAUAAUUGAUCGAGAAUUAAUCGAUCCUUCGUUCGUUUAUCGAAUCGUUUGAAAAGAAUGGAGUAAUUAUCAUCGCACACGAUGACGUAACAAUGAUAAAAUCGGUCAGUGGAAAUAAAAAAGAAAAGAAAUGAAACGAAAGAAAAGAAAAGGGGAAGAAAAAGAAAGGAAAAAAAAACAGAAGAAAGAAAGCAAGAAAAAGAGAACGUGUGACGUCGUCUCGAAGGUCUUUAAAGCGAUCUCGAUCUCGGCCGGAACGAUUUACGAUUCCGUUUCGUUUCUUCAAGCGGCUGUGCGUAACUUGUAAUUAUAAUUGUAAUGUUAUACGAUUUAAGAGCGUGAGGCACGAUUCGAGUCGAGUCACGGGUAUCGAAAGUUAUUUAUUGUAUCGUGAGAUCGAGUAUCGAUCGGAGGAACCUUCGAACUUCGUGCGAAUAAAAAUAAAAGUGAAGAAACACUUCUUUCUUUUCUUAUCUUCUUUCGAUUGAAAUAAAUAACGAUCUUAAAUAACGAUCGAUCUUUAAUAUCGAUCGAUCGAAGAGUAGAAUUUAUAAAACUGAAAGGAAAAAGGAAAAAGAAGAAGAGGAAGAAGAAUAAGAAUAAGAAUAAGAAUAAGAAUAAGAAUAAGAAGAAGAAGAAGAAGAAGAAGAGGAAGAGGAGGAGAAAGAAGAAGAGAAAGAAGAGAAAAAGAAGAAAAUGAAGAAGAGAAACACAUUUGUAUCAUACAUGUAUACCUGUCGCAGUGUAAUUAGCCGUAAUUAAAUAAUUGUCGAUAUCGAUACGGCUAUCGUAAAAGUUUCGUAUACGUUUCGUACGAAUACUUUGAGAAUAGUCGAAUCGAUUCUUCGUCGCGAUGUCCAAAAUAGAUGAUACGUGUAAAGACAAUGUUUAUCGGAGUUAUACGUUGUUUAAGAGGAAGAACAGGAAUGAUAUUAUAUUAUAUGAUUAUAUUAUAUUAUAUAUUAUAAUUAUAUUAUAUUAUAUUAUAUUAUAUUAUAUUAUAUUAUAUUAUAUUAUAUUAUUAUAUACGUAAAAAGAGGAAAGGAACAAACAAACAAAAAAAAAGAAAAAUAAGAGACAGAGAAGACGUUUUCAGACAAGCAUACACACACACGGUGAAAAAUACACUGGUGACACGCAAUUACUCUAGUAACAAAAAUGGAAAAAAAGAAAAAAAGAAAAAAACUAAAAUAAAAAUACAUUAUAAAUACAUCGCAUAAGCAACACAGGUGCGUCGCGGUUAAGAUUUCAGAUAAAUAUAUUAUAUACAGAUAUUUAUGAUAUGAACGGCUGUCGGAGAAUAAUGAAGGAUUAUGUUCUGAGAUCGUUUGAAAGAUUGUAUUGGACGAGAUACCGCUCCGCCAUUGUUUCGCGAGGUCUCCCUGUAGCAUGUAAAAUGAGAAAAAAACAUUUAAAAACAUAUUUUUUUUAAUCUUUUUUUCUCUUUUUCUUCCUGUUCUUUUCUUUUUUUUUUUUUUUUAAUUUUUCUUCUCAUUUCUAACGUGUCCAAUAAAAAAUUUCUCAUGCGAUGCGUUAUCUCGUCGGACGGAGAGCGGAGAACACUGUAUUGUAUUUUACGAUAUUACGUAAUUAUUGUAUAUGUACCUAUAUGGAUAACGGGGAGGAAGAAAAAAGAAAAGAAAACAGAUAUAGGCGCCUAAAUACGACAUAUAUAUAUAUAUAUACACAUAUAUAUAAAUAUAUAUAUACAACCAUAUAUAUAUAAAUAUAUAAAUAUAUAUAUGUAUAUAUAUAUAUGAGAAUGAUCGUAAUUAAAUCAAAAAUCACGAUCACUCGCGUAUAAUUCGAAGAUUAAAAACAAGAAAUUAGGUGUAUAUAUAGACAGAUAAAUUAGACUCUAGUCAACGUAAUAUUCGUAAGGCGACGCGCACACAUUCUUUCCGAUUGUCUUUUUUCGUUUACUUUGUUUUUUUUUUUUCAUUUUUGUCUUUCUUUUAUUAUUUCUUUUUAAUAGUUCAUUUCUCACUUCUUCAUUGUUUCUUCUCGAUUCACAUUUCUAACAUAAUCACGAUUCUUUCUUAAACAAUUUCUUCUUCUUCAAUUUUCCUUCUUCUCAUUCCUUUCCUUCUUUCCUUUUUUCUUUUGCUGUUAAUUUUUCUUUCUUUUUCUUUUUUUUUAUUUUCUUUGUGUGCACUCCUUUUCUUAUCGUUUUUUUUUUGUAUUCUAUCGUGCCGAAAAAAAGGCGAGAAGAAGGAAUAUAAAUAUCAUAGACACACAGAACACACAAACAAACACAUACACACAUACACGUUCACAUAAACGCAUCCUAUCUAUCCCUAAAACGAGGUUGCGUUUACGGCUGUUUGCUCGGGAAAGGAGACUCAUUACUUUCUAUGCGUAGGAAUGAUUGUCUUCGUACGUAUUACCGUUAUUAUAUAUAUAUAUAUAUAUAAGAUAUAUAUAUAUAUUUAUUUAUAUUUAUAUAUCUUAUAUAAUCGUAAAGAAAAUUUUCGUUAAAAGCCCCCCCACAGCAGAUCGAUAACCCUUCUAGAAUUUGCACAUGCACGUGCUGUGACUAUUCCGUUAAGUAGCGAUACGUAAUUAAUACAUGUAAAUCUUUUUGUAAGUAUCUCAAGUUUUAUUGUUUAUCCCAACUCAUAUUCUCUGUAUCUAUUAUUCUUCUUUUCUUUUCUUUUUCUUCUUCUUCUUUCUUAUUACUUUAAUUUCAAAAACUUUUUUCUUAAUCUAUCUCAAUUCUUCUUCCGACCGAUCAUUUCUCAAUUUUCACGGUAAAUCUUUACACUGUUCGAUCACUCAUUCGUUCAUACGAUUUUUCUAUUUUGUUGUUGUUUUUUUUUUCUUUUUCUUUUCAUCUACAGUAAACAAGAUUGUCUUACGUAAAAAAAGAAUGCAUCGAGAGAUAUGCAAUCUCUUUAUGCGGGUCUACACGAUGAUAAUUAAUCAAUUUAAGUAUUAUAUAUAUCUAAGACGAUGUUUCCAGGUACUAAAUAACCUUAUCAAUAAUUUAAAUGGAAAACUUUCAUUUAAAUAAAAGAAUAGUUUGUAUUCUUUGGAAACAGCGGAGAGUUCCUAGGUGAAUCGGCGAUAUUAUGAAAUUAAUACUUCUGUUUCUCUCAAUCUCUCUCUCUCUCUCUCUCUCUCUCUCUCUCUCUCUCUCUCUCUCUCUCUUUUUCUCACUCUGUUUUGAAUCUUUCGACAAUGUCAAUGAUUUUUUCUUAUCGAACACGUUAAUAACACGUGACAACAAUGAGCAGCCAUUUUUGUCAAUAUACACAUAAUACAUAAAAGAUAUAUAUACAUAUACAUGAAAAAGACGAUCAAAGAUUGUGUUUCUCGAAAAUUAUAAUCUGAAAUUCCUUCUUUCUACGUACUUAUGUACCGUUGUUUCUCACUGCCUUUCUAAUGCUAAUGGAAAGAAAUUUACAAAAAGAAAAGAAUAAGAAAAGAAACAAAAGAGUCUUUUCGCUAAGAUAGACGAAGAAUGCUUAUUGCUCAGUUUCAGCGAAAACCAUGAAAAAAGAAAAUAUAUUUCUAUGCAUAUAUAAAAGGUGUUAUCAUGAGAAUUUCCUAAUCGAUAUUCGAAUAUGUGUUUUAUUUAAAUUAAAAGUAAAUCAAUAAAUUAUUCACUAAACAAUAAAUUGUACAACGAUUUUCAUUGUUCUUUCAACGAUUUACUUGUCACAAAAUAUUUCUUAAUUUAUUUACUAAACAGAGAUAUUAUGUAUUGCUGAAGUUUGAUAAAGCUAUUUUAAAGACACCUUGUAUAUAUACAUAUACAUAUAUACAUAUAGAUAUAUAAUUACUAUGGGGAUUUAAUUUCUCACGUUAAAAAAAAAUGAUAAAAAAAGAACAAAAACAUAAACGAAAGAACGAACAAGAAGAUAAAAAAAAAAGAAUAAAAGAAAAUACAAGAGAUAAGAAAAAUGAAAGGGAGAAAGCUGAAUUACUAUAUCGCAUAAAGGCACGCUAUCGUGCCACACUUCUAUUUGUACAAAACGAUAACUAAUAAUGUCUACGAGAAAGGAAAAAAUAAAGAUUGUAUGUCGUCUCGAAUCGAACGUUGUCGAGUGAUCUGAAUUACGAAUACGCGUUGCGCGAGAAUUUAAAACGUGAAUUAUUAUUUACUUUUACAUCGGGAAACACAUCCGAUCGAUCGAUGGAAAAAAUGUAAUUUUGCUGUUUUUUAAUAUUUAAAAAAAUUUAUUUUCUUUUUUCCCUUUCUUUUUUUAUUUUUUAUUUUUUUGUUAACCUUCCCUUCGAUUCUCUCUCUUUUUCGUAAUAAAUUUGUUAGAUAUAAUCAAACUUUAAAACAAGAUCGAACGCGGGUUCUUUGAACUGGCUUUUUAGAAACAAAAGAAAAAAAAAACAAAAAACAAAAAAAAGGAAAAGAAAAAAAUUUUCUAGAAAAUUAAUAACAAUUUUCACCUUGAUACAAGAUUUGAACAGGUAAGUGAAUUAAUGUCAAUUAGUGAAAAAGAAAGUAAUGCUUAUCUUCAUAUUAAAAAAAAAAACUUGAGAACGAAUUGUCAUUCUUUUUUUUUCAGCUUCGUUAAUAUUAUAUUUUGAUUAAGUUUUGUGCAGCUUUAGAUUGAUCGAAAGAGAACGAGCUCAACGAUUCUCCUCUGAGAUACUAUGCUAUAAAUAUCUGUAUAGUAUACGUACAUAAAUUUAAUUUACAUCGUAAUCAUACUUACGUAACUUACGUAACUUCGUAUCAAAUGAAAUAUUUAUAAAAAUUAAUCCAGAAAAUAGAAAAAAGAAAGAAAAGAAAAAAGAAAAGUUGACGAAUACAGUGUUACUCCUCUCGGAUCGUCCUGAAAAAUUACGGAUGCAUAAUUUAUAAACACCGAAGGUGAAGAUAAUUUGUAUAGGAGCGAAGUCUGUUAGAAUGGCUAUAUCAUCGUUCGCGUGCGUAAUUAUUUUAUAAUAACAAAGGUUUUUCAAUAACUCGAGAAAAUCACGUUUAAUCGUACGCCUAAUGCAAUAUGUAACGAAAAUACGAAAAGCACAAAAUUUGUAAUGUGUACUUGCACUCAUUGUGAUUUAACAAAUGACGGAUGAAGAAAUAAAUGUAAUAGGAAUCACAAAAAGA